CCCGGAAAAACAUGAGGGGAGGUAGUAUAUCGCAGCGUGCGGAGCGGCGGAGCGGGGACUGGAGAGACACACGCUGGAGACACGCAGUUUAGCGAUGUUUAGCGUUGGUUAAAGACAAAAGACUAAAGUUUUAACACUGAGGAGUCUGAAUCCUGGGCGAGCCUUUUGUUUCAAACGAUACAAUCCGUCUCGGAUCAUUUUAAACAACGGGUUCUAUCCAGGGCUGUGUUUACUUCUUUAUUUUUGUUAAUUUGUUUGCUUGUUUUAAGCUUCUGUCACAAGCUCUGCUGACUUGAGGUAGCCAAUGCUUUUACACCAGUUCAAGAACGCCACGCUCGACGCUAUGCACCCAACAGGAAUCCAAAAAGACACUACUUUCACCAAGAUCUUCGUUGGUGGGUUACCCUACCACACGAACGAUGCUUCGCUGAGAAAGUACUUCGAGGCUUACGGCGACAUAGACGAGGCUGUGGUCAUAACGGACCGGCAGACGGGGAAAUCCAGAGGAUACGGCUUCGUGACGAUGACUGACAGGGUGGCAGCCGAACGAGCCUGUAAAGACCCAAACCCCAUCAUUGAUGGCCGGAAAGCCAAUGUCAAUCUGGCCUACCUCGGAGCCAAGCCACGCAGUCUCCAGACAGGGAUAUCUAUAGGUGUGCAGCCCAUCCACCCAGCACUUAUUCAAAGACAGUAUGGACUCGUCCCACAGUACGUCUACCCGCAGGCCUUCGUCCAGCCCAGCCUCAUGCUCCCAUCUCAGGUGGCCUCCUCAGUCAGCUCUCCAUACCUGGACUACAGCACAGCCUACGCUCAGUAUGCCUCAGCAGCCUUCGAGCACUACCCUUACGCCUCCUCUCCUGGCUUUGUGGGCUAUGGCUACACUGCCAGCACCGCCUCUGGGGGUCCUUCUGCCCCUACUCCAGCCCAGACCCUCGCUAAUGCAGCUGCAGCCACUCCUGCCUUCCUCCAGUACCCUCCACAGCAGCACUUGCAGCCUGAGCGCAUGCAGUGAAGGAUCGAGCAGUGUUUGGACCUGACUCUGCUCGUGGGUCCCAGGAAACGUGAGGAAUAGACUUUAAUUGCACUGUCACGUUAGGAUUUCGCUCCAGCUGUGGAGCCCAGAAAACAGCAAAACUGUGCAGUGACUUCAAAGGGCUUCCAGAAGCACUGAUGCCAACUAUUAUUAUAAUUAUUAUUAUUAUUUUUACUUUCUUCCUCUUUCAAUAUUCUUCAAAAUAAUUAAUAUUAUUGUUACUAUUAUUCAUGUUGCCAUAAGCUUUAUUAUGUUAGUUUUUUUUUUUUUUUGUCGUUAAUAUCCAUGUUUAAUGUCCUUAUGGUAUAUUAUGAUGUUCAGAUCAAUCAGUUUAAGGUGCCUGGUUGUGGAGUAGUGGACACAGUGGGAAAGGGUGCGAAAGACUGUAUCAGGUGAACACUCAAUGAUGACUCUUUGGAAGGUGUAUUGGGGGUAUUGCUGCUUACGAUACCUAGGGAGUAAUGGGGUUUUCUUUCUCCUUUUUUUUUAUUUUUUAUAAAGCGAUAAAAGGUCUGAGCUUACAAAUAGCUGACGUAAACCAUUAAGGGGGAGGUAAAAAAAAGAAUAAAUAAAAUUAUAAAAAGAGGGGGCAAGAAAGAACCCACCCAUACAUAUCUUUAAAUGGGGGGGAAAAUGGAAAAGUUUUUUAAAAUAAUGGUGAGGCCUUAAAACUAGACUGUAAAUUUGUUUCUUUUAUUUGUAUACAGGGUUAACUGUGAACAAGCCACAAAUUGCUUCCAAACAGAAGGUCAUGUCUACAGUCCUCAGGCAUGUUUAAGUCUAGAGACUUGGUAGAUGGUAUUUUAGAGUAAGGGUGCUAAUUGAAGAUCAGCUUUUUGAUCGUAAUUCAGUCUGUGUUGAUGGCUGUGGCUAAAUGCCAUAAAGCAAAACUCUGAUCUAAGAACAGAUGUUGGGUUUAGGCGAUGCUUCACAUGUAUCCCAUGAUUGAGAUCAUCGCUGAUCAUGAUAUGAUGCAGUAAGCACAGGAGGGAGCAAACAUUGGAGUUUAACAGGUAUGGUAGCUGACACUGAUACCUAUGGUACAUCAGUUUUGUGUAACUGUUAAAACUAAAGAUUGUUGAAUGUCUUCCUCUUUUAAAGUGACAUUCAUUAUGUACAGCAUUUUCAAAACGUUGCCACAAGUAAGUGCAUUUUGCAGUAUUUAUGUUGAUAUUUAAGUGAUCUGUGGUAAUAUUACUUUGUUUUAUAAACUGCUGUCUCAAGUGCAAGCCCAGUGUAUGCAACAUACACACUGUUGCAGGCUUCUGGUCACUAGAAGAGAAUGUGUAAAUAGUUAAUUUUUCUUUUUUUUUUUCUUUAUUCCUCACCCCUUCCUUUUAAAUUUAUUUGCAUAAUUUCUUCAUAGAUUAUUAAUCCACAUGUGCACCUAAGGGAUAAUUACUUUUUUUUUUUUUUUUUUUUUAAGUACACUAUUAAGUCGCAGCUUGCACCUGCUGGCACAUAAUUGCUCUAUGAAGCGUUUUUAUGUCACAUCAUUUCAAUAUCUGCAACGAAAGCCAUACCAAGGAAAAUCUUGGGGUAAAAAAUAAAGACUUUAUACUGAAAAGAA